GGACGAUGCCGGAGUUAAGAGUGUUAUCGGCGUUAGAUGCGGCGAGGAUACAAUGGUACCAUUUCAAAGCGAUAAUGAUCGCCGGAUUAGGUCUCUUCACCGACGCAUACGAUCUUUUCUGCAUAGCUCCGAUCAUGAAAAUGAUCAGCCAAAUCUAUUACCACAAAGACACCAUGGGAACCGCCGUUCUCUCCAUCUCUUACGUCAUCGCUCUCUUCGGCACCGCCUUAGGACAACUCAUCUUCGGCUACUUAGGCGACCGUGUCGGACGCAGGAAAGUCUACGGUCUCUGUCUCUUAAUCAUGGUGUUCAGCUCCUUCGGCUGCGGUUUCUCCGUCUGCACCACUCGCCGUUCUUGCGUCAUGACGAGUUUAGCAUUCUUUAGAUUCGUCCUCGGGCUAGGGAUCGGUGGAGACUACCCUCUCUCCGCCACGAUCAUGUCGGAGUUCGCUAAUAAAAGGACGCGUGGGGCUUUUAUCGCAGCUGUGUUCUCGAUGCAGGGGUUGGGGAUCUUGAUGAGCUCAGCCGUGACGAUGGCUGUGUGUGAGGCGUUUAAGUUGGCUGGAGAGGGGAGUUUGGAGAAAAUGGAGGCGGCUGGGGUGGAGACUUUGGCUCCGGCGGAGGCGGAUAUUGCUUGGAGGUUGAUUCUGAUGAUCGGUGCUAUUCCCGCCGCGUUAACGUUUUACUGGCGAAUGCUCAUGCCUGAAACCGCCAGAUACACAGCACUAGUCGAGAACAACGCAAGACAAGCAGCAAAAGACAUGCAAAAAGUCAUGUCCGUAUCCCUGUCUCAAGUAGCCGAAGAUACAUUAUCGGAGACACUAGAACUACCACCAUCGACUUCUUCCUCCUACAAACUCUUCUCCCGCCGUUUCUUUAGCCUCCACGGCCGUGACCUCUUCGCAGCCUCAGCCAAUUGGUUCCUAGUGGACGUAGUCUUCUACACAAGCAACCUUCUCCUCUCUCAAAUCUUCAGUUUCUCCAAUAAACCACUCAACUCCACAAACGUCUACGACUCUGCCUUCGAGGUGGCUAAACUCGCAGCCAUCGUAGCCGCUUGCUCCACCAUCCCCGGCUACUGGUUCACCGUCUACUUCAUCGAUAGAAUCGGUCGUGUCAAGAUUCAGCUAAUGGGUUUUUUCUGUAUGGCCGUUGUUUACCUAGUCGCUGGGAUACCGUACAGUUGGUAUUGGUCUAAGCAUGAGAAGACUAAUAAAGGCUUUAUGAUUCUUUAUGGAUUGAUCUUCUUCUUUAGCAACUUUGGACCAAACACGACGACGUUUAUCAUCCCGGCGGAGCUUUUCCCGGCUAGGUUUAGGUCUACGUGUCACGGGAUAUCUGGAGCUGCCGGGAAGCUUGGGGCCAUUGUUGGGACGGUUGGUUUCUUGUGGGCCACGCAACACGAGGAAGUGGACAAAGAUGAGAUUUUUCCAGAGGUGACACGCAUGAGGAUAUCUUUUUUGGUCCUUGGUGCAGUUUGUAUCGCUGGAGUGUUGGUGACGUACUUAUACACACGUGAAACUAUGGGAAGGUCGUUAGAAGAGAACGAAGAGGACGAUUUCCGUGCGUAUUAA